UUUGCGCAUUAUAACGUUUAAACAUCAUAAAAUGAUCUACAUGAGGGAAAAUGAUAAGGGAUUCAUAUAAAAGACGUCAUUUAAGUUAUUUAAACUAGUCACAAAAUGGAAGUUUCCCGACUAUUGUUAAUUAUCGGCGUCGUUGCGUCGGUGGGUGGCACACCCUACACCGAUGUACAAACUUACCCUAGUUCUUACCAAAACAUAAAUGCCACCCUUGGGCAAGUAAUUGAAAAAGCUGAGUACUCGUUGUGGUUCGUUGGAACUGUCCUCGAUGUAAACGUCACCAAACUAGAAAACACCUUGGCCAACAGUGCCAUUGGAUUUUUCAGUCAAUUUCUUAAAAUAUCAGACGGGAUUUUGUCCCCAAAGACAAUCAAAUUGCACGACUGCAUCAUAUCCAACAUGGAGAGAGCCUUCAACGAACUGAAUAAGCUACUUCCCGGCAUUGAAAUCAUAACUACACCCCUGAAAAUAUUCGCCGUGGGUUUCCUGGACGUGCAACGAGUCCAUUUGGAAAAGAUGCUGAGCGUACCUUCCAAGUUGUUCGAGGACUUGUGGUUGUGGCACAAGAAGCAGUUCGUCGACGUUCAAGAGAACGCCAGGUCACUCGGAAUAGUUGCCAAAAAUAUUCUGAUUUCGACCAACCAAGUCAACUUGAACGAAACCUCGAAAAUUGUCCAUGAUGCACUGGAAAAAUUGUAUGAUUUUUUGAAGUAGCUUUUAUGGGACGAAGUAAAAUAAUGUGUUAACUUUAGUGUUAGUGUGUAGUCACGAAAAUUAUUAAAGGGCAAUAAAAGUUUGUUGAUAAUAGGUCGUUAAGUUAUUUUAUUUUUCCUUUGCUGUGUAUAAAUAUGUAAGUUUUAGUGGUGAAACUAAGUUUCUAAACAUGUUGUCUGUUCGAGCUCUUGUUAUUUCUUGUAUCCUUAUUUACUCCACAAAUGCCUUCGACUUUAAUUAUAUAAAAUAUGCCGAGUAUUACGAAGGUUCCGGAGACUUCACUCAAAGCUUCGAGGGUGAACAUGGCUCAGUGUUGGAGGCAUUUAUUGAAGCAAUCCAGACCCAAAACAGUGAUGUAUUUAACGAAGUUUUCGACGAAAUAGUCCCUCAGAACAUCCUCGUUCACCUCACAGUCGAAGUGUACAACGUAGUUGUUCAAAACACCUACAACGAGUUCAUGGAAGUUAUACAAUAUGUGGAGAUGCCGACGUACUACCUGGACACGUUCCAGGAAAUAGCCGUGGAAUACAUUGGAGGAGACACUUGGAACAACUUGGACCCGUACUGGUACUAUCGGGCUGCUAUAAACGUCGUAGAACACGUGGAGGAGUUGAUAUUCACCGAUGAUGAACUGGUGGAAGCUGCAAAACAAGACUUGGAGGAACUAUUUAACAAUUAUACAGGAAAUGGAAGCGAUUUACAUGCACCAAAGCCACGCUCAGUUUGGCCCCUUCAUUACUUCAUUUCGGAAACCAGCGACUUCAUUUUCAGCAGGACGUCAGAUUUGAUUAUGUCGCAUGUAACAAAACAACUGCUGAUCAUUCUGGAUACCAUUAAUGGUAUUUUGAACAACUUAAUCUCCAUGUUCAAUAGCUUAAUUUUAAGCAGUAAGACCGGUGAUGUUUAUUCAGAAAUGUUGGCCCACAUUAUCAAUCAAUUUGUCUACUGCUUCCUUAACGUUCUGAAUUUUAUCAAAGAAAAUAGUUUGAAAUUGCGGGAAAUUCUGGAAGAACCUGGUUUUCCACUGUUUGAAAAAUUACUAAAAGAGGACUUCAUACACCGGGGUGUACUUUUUAGGCCCAACGUUAGAAGUGGGAACACGUAUCUUUCGAUUGUAUACACGUUGGUUCACUGGAUCGUUUGUUCAAUGAAUCAGUUCGUUCAGUCGUUUAUACCCAGUACAGAAAUUCCGUUGUUUAAACAGUUCUUCCAAUUUGUAUCUGAUAUUGUCGAUGAAGUGCUCCCAUGUUCUGGAGAGGAGAAUUAUGGAAAAUACCAUCAAACAACCGAAAGAUAUUGGUUGAUAGUAUACUACGUGCCAACGAAUAUACACACGAAUUUUCAAGUGGUUCCAUCAAAUCGUAUGAAUCCAACCAAUUGGCCUCCAACAAUCCAAUCGAAGACUGCAGGAGCGAAGCAACAUGUCUACAAUCGAAAGGGUUUUUGGUGGGCGUAUUCGAUGGGCAUGGGGGCGGCGCUUGCGCCCAAGUGAUAGCGAAACGACUCUACUACUACAUAACGGCGUGCCUGAUGCCGCAGGAGGCGCUGACGCGGACAAUAGACCGCGGAACGACACCGAACCUAAUCGAGUCCUUCAACGACAAGGUGCAAUUCGUAGACGACGUCCGA